AGCAAGACUGUUGUAGGUCAACGAUGGGAGGUUCGGUGUCUUGCUGCAUCUCUCCUAGAGAGAGUCCCAAGAUUCACAGGAGAGAGGUGGAGCUGGAGGAGUGUCCCAUCACCACCACAGAGGAUGUGAGUGAAGACACUGGGACCUACCUGCAGCACAUCAGUGACAGGGAGCUCCCGGAUGAACUGGCCCAAGAGGCCAACCCAUCUGACCACCCCAGAGCCAGCACGCUCUUCCUGAACAAGUCGCAGACAGACGUACGUGAGAAAAGGAAAAGCAACUACAUGAAUCAUAUGUCCCCAGGGCUCCUGACAAAAAAGUACAGUUCCUGCUCAACAAUAUUCAUCGAUGACAGCACAGUCAGCCAACCUAACCUCAAGAGCACCAUCAAAUGCGUUGCAUUGGCCAUAUACUAUCAUAUAAAAAACAGAGAUUCAAACCGCUCUCUUGACAUAUUCGAUGAGAAGAAGCACCCUCUAUCACGAGAAAAGGUUCCAGAUGACUACUCUGUGGUCGACCCAGAACACAAACUCAUAUACCGCUUCAUAAGGACACUCUUCAGCUCUGCGCAGCUCACUGCUGAGUGCGCCAUCGUCACUCUGGUGUACCUAGAAAGGCUGCUGACUUACGCUGAGAUGGACAUCUGCCCUUGUAACUGGAAACGCAUAGUUCUGGGUGCCAUCCUGCUGGCCUCCAAGGUCUGGGACGACCAGGCUGUGUGGAACGUCGACUACUGCCAGAUCCUCAAAGAUAUCACCGUGGAGGACAUGAAUGAGAUGGAGCGUCACUUCCUGGAGCUGCUCCAGUUCAACAUCAACGUCCCAGCCAGUGUCUACGCCAAGUAUUACUUUGACCUGCGCUCGCUGGCUGACGACAACAACCUCAGUUUCCCACUGGAGCCACUUAGCAACAAGCGGGCCCAAAAACUGGAGGCCAUCUCCAGACUGUGUGAGGACAAGUACAAGGACCUGAGUAAAUCUGCUAUGAGGAGGUCUGUCAGUGCAGACAACCUGGUUGGCGUCAAGAACUCCCAGGCUGUGCUGUCUUAAGUUUGCAACAGCCAUCUUAAAUCUGGUGAGGAGCUGGAAUAAUGGGUUUAGAGUGAAGCUACAGGAUGUGAUGCCACGCUGAAGAAGUUCAUCAAGAGACAUUUCCAUAGUAGAUUAUGUUAAUAUCAGUAACUAUAAAGUUCAAUCACAAAAUGUUGAAUGUCGACUUUGGGGAGGAACAAAAAAAAAAAAAAAAGAAGUUUA